AAAAGUUGGGUAGAAUGUGGGUGAACAUGUCUGUUCUUAUAAAAGAAAACGAGUUAUGAUAGAUCAGGGCUGAGGUCAUUGUUUGUGUUUUAAAUCAUUUUAAGUGUACAGCAUGGUUUCAUGGUGAAGUUGACGUCAGAUUUAAACGAGUAGACUUCGGAGACUGUGAUUUCAUAGAGCAGCUGUAAAGAGAUUUAGUGAAAAUAAACAGAAUUUAUAGAAACAAGUUUGCUUGGUGAUUGGAAAUAAUAAGUGGUAACUUCAAAAACCUUAGUUCAGGUGAAAAAAAACUAAGACUUGGCAGGCGGUUAUCAUCUCUUAAUCAUUUGGCUAAAACUUUAGAGACUAUUCUGGGAACACUCAAGACAUUGUUGUAUUUCUACAUAAAUAGUGGAGCACAAUGCCUUUGGAAUUCAGGGAGGGGAGCAGAACUAUGAUAAUAGCGGAGGUGGUAUUUCGGUCAGAGUAACAAAAGCACCUGCCAGACAAAAGCCCUCCUUAUAGGCCACGUUGGAUUGUAUUUCCAGAAAACAACUCAUCUCAUAUUCACACAAGUCAUUAUAUGGUGUUCUUGGACACAGAAGAGAAGAUCUGAGUGACGCAAGCACCAGGAGCACUGAAACCACAACGAAGAACAAGUUUCACAGAGACAUACUCCCUUUUUGGAUUACAAAAUUGAAACACUGAGUCAUCGAAUCCCUCAGGACCAGAGUAUCAAGAAAAGAAAAGAAUUCCUGCUCUCUUGCCAAAAACACAGUGAAUGGCCGUGCACCUGCCACCUAUGUGAGUGUGGUUCACUUCCAAGAACUGGGAUGAUGCUGUCUGACUGAUUCCUAAACAAGCCCACCACUGUCAGUGAUGUUCACCCCCAGGAAGGACAGUCUUCCCUCACCCAGCCUGGAGGACUCCUUCUUCCCUCUCUCCUCAUCCUCCUCGGUGUCUCUCUCCUUUGCUCUCCCCUCGUCCACGUCGUCUCCUGGCAGCGUUGACAGUGGAGGAGGGAUAGAGACCGACCUGAUACUCGCUGCAGAGCUCGGCCAGGCUUUACUGGAGAAGAAUGAGGAGCUGGCAGCCUCUCUGGAGCAGAGGGAGAGAGAGGUGGAGGCUUUGCAGCAGGAGAAGCAUGUCCUUCAGAGGAAGCUGGAGAUGAAUGAACUGACAUCUGGACAGAGAGAGGCGGAGCUGACUGUCGAUUUAGCGGCCUUGAGGACUGAGCUGGAGAAACAUCACAGUCAGGGGCGUGACCGGCGAAAAGAUGAGAGUGAGCAGAUGACUCAAUUAGCCAACCAUAACCAGCGACUGGUGGAGCAACUAGCAGAGGCUGUCACAGUGGAGCACUGCUUGAGGACUGAGAUUCGUUCUCUCAGGGAAGAGAUGGAAGAAUCGUCUUUUAGCCGAAACAUCAGCUUCACACAAUUAGGGAGCAUACAAGCAGAGAACAAAGUUUUGCAGGAGCGGCAGUCGCACAUGGAGACCCAGCUGAAAGCUUCACAGGAGGACAGCCAAAGACUCCGCAUAGAGCGAGACGGACUGAGAGACAGACUGUCUGAAGUCCAGAUGAAACUGAAAGAGAAAGAAGCGGAGAUAGAACAGGAGCAGGGAGUGGUGUUUGAGUUGCGCACCUUGAAUCGCUCCCUGCAGCAAAAAGCUUUGAACCUGGGAGAAGAGAGCGUCCUGGACAGUUCACACACACAACCUUUGUCUCUGCUCAGUGAAAUUCAGCAGUCACAGGCUAAAGAGGCCCUUCUAGCUCACUCCACAGUCCUGCAAGCAAGAGAUGAAGAAAUACAAGCGCUGAAAGAGGAGCUGCAAUCUCAACAAGAAAAACUCGAGUCUCUGAGGGAAGAAAUCAAACCUUUUAGAAGCAGUCCUGACAAGCCAAGCUACAGCUCCCUGGAGAGUGAACUGGCCAUGGUGCGUCAGGAGAAAGAAACACUGACUCAGCAGCUCCUCAACACCAUCCAACACAAAGUAGCGCUGUCUCAGGAGCUGGAUGCCUGGCAGGAGGACAUGCGGUUGGUGAUCAAUCAGCAGGUGCAGCAAAGAGAGGAGGAGAGAAAGAAGGAGGUCCAGCGAGAGAAGGAAAACACUGUGGGACUCCAAAGAAGCAAGUCGCUGAGAGUGAAGGGAGAAGUAAGGAAAGGAUUCUUCUCGUCUCUUUUCAGAGACAAAUAACACUGGAAAGAAGCAGCAGUUUACAUGUCACAUAUCAGCCUCUAUCUUUGCCACUUUAAGCUUUUGUUGGACACUCUAAUGUGAUAUCAGAACCAACAACUGAAAUGUUUACAGACCUCAUUUUUGAACACAUUUGUAUAUAUGUAGAGCAUAUUAGUAAUUUCAGAGUUUAUAAUAAAAAAUGUCUGGAAGGAG